AUGGCUACUGAUUAUCUGUGGUUUGAGGGAAUUCCUCUCCUCAACAACAGAACCAGUACUGAAAUCUUAAAAUCCUUGCGGGAUGAAUUUGUGGUGAGGGACAGAGAUGUCAUUACACUUGCUUACCCAAAAUCAGGAAUCAAUUGGAUGAUAGAGAUCAUCAGUCUCAUCCACUCCAAGGGAGAUCCCCACUGGGUCCAAUCUGUUUUAACCUGCAAUCGGUCACCAUGGAUAGAAAUAACAGAGGGACACAAAAGUGUAAAGAAUCAGAAAGAUCCACGGAUAUAUUCCUCACACCUCCCAAUUCAAUUAUUUCCUAAGUCAUUCUUCAAUUCCAAGGCUAAGGCUAUUUACUUACUCAGAAAUCCCAGAGAUGUUAUUACUUCUGGUUAUUAUUUCUUCAGAGCACUGAAAUGCGUCAAGAAUCCAGAGUUUUUUGAACAAUACUAUGAAUGGUUUCUCCAGGGCGAUGUGCCAUAUGGAUCUUGGUUUGACCAUAUUCACGGCUGGAUGUCAAUGAGAGGAAAAGAGAAUUUCCUGGUAAUUUCAUAUGAGGAGCUGCAUCAGGAUAUAAGGGCCAGUAUAGAGAGGAUCAGCCAGUUCUUGGGCAAGAAGCUGAGCUCAGAUGAACUCAACUCGGUCCUGAAGAACGUAUCCUUCGAGGUCAUGAAAGAUAAUAAAAUGAGCAAUUUCUCCCUAGUACCAGAUGAGAUAAUGGAUCACAGCAAAGGGAAAUUAUUGAGAAAAGGAAUCACUGGAGAUUGGAAAAACCAUUUCACGGUGGCUCAGAGUGAAGCCUUUGAUAAAAUAUACCAAGAGAAGAUGGGGGUACUUCCUCAAGGGCUUUUCCCAUGGUAAUAAUGGCCUAAUAUUUACAAAUCUGGCUUGAAUACUGACUUCCUCUAUAUACUUCUGCAUGGGAUUGCUUUUAUGAAGCAUAACUUGUAUCAUUGUAUCCUGGAGAAUUUAAGCCUACACUGUAAUGACAUAUUUAAUAAUUGAAAACAACUUAUUACCUUUAUGAAUGUGCCUCUAAAUAUUAUUAAAUGUUUUAAAUAUACACAAUAAAAAUAUUUAAAACUCAUGUAAUUCUUUUACCAGAUUAAAAAAAAAAGUUAAUACUUCCCCAUUUUGAGAACUUAUUUAUUUUAUUGUACUUUAAAUGAAGGUUUACAGAACAAACUAGUUUCUCAUUAAACACUACACAUAUUGUUUUAUGACUUUAGUUAACAAUGCCACGACAUGUCAACACUCUCCCUUCUCAACUUUGGGUUCCCUAUUACCAGCUUUCCUGUCCC